GGGAAAAUAGGAUUCUGGAGCUCAGAACCUCUGUAUCUCUUGAGGGACCACAGGGGUACAUGAGAGCCUCUUACACUUUCUUGGGGGCAAGCUGUGCCCCGUGAGGAUUUGGGUCUGGGGAAGAGCCUCCGGAGCCCGCGACCCCGCCAAGGACGGCUGAGGAAACGCCUAACACAGAGACGCCCGCUCCCGAAGCCUUUGCUCUCUCCCGGCCGUUGAAGGUCCCCAAGAGAGGGCGCCCUCCGGGGCUGGAUUGGACCCUGCUUCAUGGAGGCGGGACUCAGGGCUAGCGGGUGGAGGGCUAUUUAAGACUAGGCGGGGUUGGAGGUGGCCAGGGGCAAAAUGAGUGGGCUACCGGGCGCCGGGACCAGCCCAGGCCUGGGAGAGGCCUCCGACCUUAAGUUCCCUCUGGGCGCCAAGUUCAGGGAACCUCUCACCGAGGCUCGGUUCCAGCGGCUCUUCGGAGACGCAGAGCAGGCGCCGGAGCUACUCGCGGAGCCUCGCUCGUCCCGACUGUGCAGACGGUGGAGGCGGUUGGCCAGCGCUUGCUCCGGGCCGGGGGCGUGGCGCCUGCUGCGGGCGCGGCUGCCCCCGCUGCGUUGGCUGCCCCACUACCGCUGGCGGGCCUGGCUGCUCGGGGAUGCCGUGGCCGGGGUGACCGUGGGCAUCGUGCACGUGCCCCAGGGCAUGGCUUUUGCCCUCCUGACCUCAGUGCCUCCAGUGUUCGGACUCUACACUUCUUUCUUCCCUGUCCUCAUUUACACCUUGUUGGGGACUGGUAGACACCUGUCCACAGGAACUUUCGCGGUACUCAGCCUCAUGACAGGCUCGGCGGUGGAACGGCUGGUGCCCGAACCCCUCGGGGGGAACCUGAGCGGAAUCGAAAGGGAACAGUUGGACGCUCAGCGGGUUGGGUCGGCUGCAGCCUUGGCCUUCGGUAGCGGGGCGCUGAUGCUGGGCAUGUUCGCGCUGCAGCUCGGCGUCCUGUCCACCUUUUUGUCGGAGCCGGUGGUCAAAGCGCUGACCAGCGGGGCCGCGCUGCACGUGCUCGUGUCCCAGCUGCCGAGCCUUUUGGGGUUGCCCCUCCCGCGCCAGAUUGGCUGCUUCUCUCUCUUCAAGACGCUGGCCGCUGUGCUGACCGCGCUGCCCCGGAGCAGUCCGGCCGAACUGACCAUCUCGGCACUCAGCCUGGCGCUGCUCGUGCCGGUCAAAGAAUUGAACGUGAGAUUCCGAGACAAGCUACCCACCCCGAUCCCGGGGGAAAUUGUCAUGGUGCUUCUGGCCUCUGUGUUGUGCUUCACCUCUUCCCUGGACACAAGAUACAACGUCCAGAUUGUGGGGCUGCUGCCUGGGGGGUUUCCCCAACCCCAUCUUCCCGACCUGGCUGAGCUGCCCAGGAUUCUGGCUGACUCACUGCCCAUCGCACUGGUUACUUUUGCUGUGUCUGCCUCCCUGGCCUCCAUCUAUGCAGACAAGUAUAGCUACACUAUUGACUCCAACCAGGAGCUCUUGGCACAUGGUAUCUCCAACCUCAUCUCCUCCCUCUUCUCCUGCUUUCCCAACUCUGCCACUUUGGCCACCACCAGCCUACUAGUGGAUGCUGGUGGGAACACACAGCUGGCAGGUCUCUUCUCCUGCAUAGUUGUCCUGUCAGUGCUGCUGUGGCUGGGGCCCUUCUUCUACUAUCUGCCCAAGGUGAGGAACAGCGGAGGCACGGGGGUGACUGGGGGUGGUGGUGGCUACAUUCUAGGACAUUGGGGCAGUUGGCUUGCCUCUUCUGCCUCCAAGGCUGUCCUGGCUUGCAUCAACAUCUCCAGCAUGCGCCAGAUGUUCUUCCAGAUGCAGGAACUUCCACAACUAUGGCGCAUCAGCCGCAUGGACUUUGCUGUAUGGAUGGUCACGUGGGUGGCCGUAGUGAUCCUGAGUGUGGACUUGGGCCUGGCCGUGGGCGUGGUCUUCUCCAUGAUGACUGUGGUCUGCCGCACCCAGAGGGUGCAGUGCCUGGCACUUGGACUUGCUGAGGGGACGGAGCUCUACAGGCCACUCGAAGAGAGCCACAAGCUCCUCAAGGUCCCGGGGCUCUGCAUCCUGAGAUACCCAACACCGCUCUACUUUGGGACCCGAGGGCAGUUCCGCCGCAUCCUGGAGUGGCACCUGGGGCUUGGAGAAGGACGCAAGGAGACUCCCAAGCUAGAUGGCCCACCUGAUGCAGUUGCUGAGCCUGUCAGAGUGGUGGUCCUAGACUGCAGUGGUAUCACCUUUGCAGAUGCUGCUGGAGCCAGAGAGGUGGUACAGCUAGCCAGGCGAUGCCGAGAUGCUGGGAUCCACCUUCUCCUGGCUCAGUGUAAUGCCUCAGUGCUGCGGACACUGACCCAGGCAGGACUCUUGGACAGAGUGACCCCAGAGCAGCUGUUUGUGAGUGUCCAGGACGCAGCUGCUCAUGCCCUGGAGAGACUGGUGAGGGGGCAGUAGGAACGGGAGAUCCAGGAGGCGCUGGGGUGGAGCAAGUGACAUGAGCCUACAGGUCCAAAGACAUGCACAGUGUGGGUCUGACCCGGUCAUUUGGAGUGUGGAGGGCCCCGACAAUAUGUGCGCGAGGAGUCUCCUCACUUCAUGUAACUAAUAAAACAAAGCUGAGAGCCACUGGG